AAGGCGAUCGACGUCUCCGUGCUGGACAUCCGCGUCGGGACGAUCGUCAAGGCGUGGGAGCACCCCGGCGCGGAUAAGCUCUGGGUCGAGAGCGUCGAGCUCGGCGAGGAGCGGCCGCGGCAGAUCGUCAGCGGUUUGCGAGCGUUUAAGACCGAGGCGCAGAUGACGGGCGCGCGCGUGCUCGUGCUCUGCAACGUCAAGAAAGGCCCGCUGCGGGAGGAGCUCAGCGAGGGGAUGGUCAUGUGCGCGUCAAACGCGGACCACACCGAGGUGGACUUCAUCGUCCCGCCGGAGGGCGUCCCGAACGGAGAGAAGGUUGCGUUCGAGGGGUUCGACGGCGAGCCCGUCGACGUGUUGACCCCGAAGAAGAAGAUGUUCGAGCAGUGCGCGGAGAAGCUCUCGACGGACGCGGACGGCGUCGCCAAGUACGACGGCGUGCCGUUCAUGACGAGCAAAGGGCCGUGCGUCUCGACGCUCAAGAACGCGGCCAUCAAGUGA